AUGUCGCCAAAAGACACGGUAGCGCUCGUCAAGGAGCUCAGCCAGCCUCCUCCUCCAGGCUCCCCUUACGGAGUGCCCAUCCCUGGGUCCGAGCGUCCCAAUCGAUCUGCCGUUUAUCGCCAUUUUCAAUUCCGCGAUAAGCCACUCCUCUCAACCCUCGACCCCGAGCACCAGACGCUGUACGAUCUUUUCGAGAACUCCCUCCGCAAGUAUCCCAACAAGCGCUGCCUGGGCAAGCGUAACUGGCUUCCGGCGACCAGCUCGUGGGAGGAAAAGUUUGACUGGCUCUCCUUCGGCCAGGUUGGUGAGCGCAGGAAGAACUUUGGGGCUGGAAUUGUCGAGAUUCACAAUGCCAUCAACCACGGAAAGGACAAAUACCCCGUUGGUAUCUGGUCGCAGAACCGACCUGAAUGGCACAUUGCUGACCUUGGCUUGACUUCUCAGUCUCUUUUCUCCGUAUCCCUUUACGAAACCUUGGGACCCAAUGCGAGCGAGUACAUCGUCAACCAUGCCGAGCUUGCCUGCAUUGUCUGCUCGCUGCCUCACAUCCCUACCCUCCUGAAGCUUGCGCCCCGACUGCCAACGCUGAAGCUUAUCGUGUCCAUUGAUUCGCUCAAUGAGGGCGAGAUGGCCGGACACUCCAAGGCUGCCAUUCUCAACGAGCUGGCGGCCGAGCACGGCAUCAAGAUCUACUCCAUGGCCGAGGUAGAGGAGAUUGGCUUGAGGUCAGGACUUCCAGCACGCCCUCCGGUUCGGGAUGAUAUUUGCACUAUCAACUACACAUCCGGUACUACCGGUAACCCCAAGGGUGUUGUUCUGACCCACGGGAACGCUGUGGCUGGCGUGGCCGGCGCCCGAUGCAUGGGCGCUGUUACCCACAAGGACAGCCACUUCUCGUACCUACCGCUUGCGCAUAUCUUCGGUCGACUUAUGGACAACUUGGCACUCGCUGAGUCGGCUUCGAUGGGCUUCUUCCACGGUGACAUGUUGGGCUUGGUGGAUGAUCUCAAGCUCUUUAAGCCCACCAGUUUCCAGUCGGUUCCUCGACUGUACAACAGGUUCAACUCUGCUAUCCGAGCUGCAACAGUGGAGGCGGAAGGUUUCCGGGGUUCUCUCUCGCGCAGGGUCGUUGACACCAAGAAGGCUAGCAUGAAGCUGCCAAAUGGCAAGGGCCAUGCCUCUCACUUCCUCUAUGACAGAAUUUGGACCCCCAAGGUCAAGGCGGCUAUUGGUCUGGACCGUGUUCACAGCAUGGUUAGUGGUAGCGCUCAGCUUGACCCCGAUGUCCAGGAGUUCUUGGGGGCCGCAACUGGCAUCCGUUUCUACCAAGGCUACGGUCUUACAGAGAGUCACGCGGUCGGCCUCGUCCAACACACCAACGACUACAGCACCGGCAACAUUGGGCCCCCAAUGCCUUGCACGGAGAUCUGCCUCGAGUCGGUGCCUGAAUUUGAAUACACUGUGCACGACAAGCCCAACCCCCGAGGAGAGCUUCUGCUUCGCGGGCCUACCAUCUUCAAGGAGUACUACAAGAACCCCGAAGAGACCCAGAAGGCUCUCGAGCCCGAUGGUUGGUUCCACACCGGUGACAUUGUCGAGAUUGACAGCCUGGGCCGUGUCAAGAUCAUCGACCGCAAGAAGAACGUUCUCAAGCUCUCUCACGGCGAGUACGUCUCUCCAGAGCGUAUCGAGAACGUCUUCCUCGGAAACACCGGCAUUGUGAACAGCGCUUUUGUCCACGGUACCUCCAAGGAGUCCGCCCUGGUGGCCAUCUUUGGUGUCGACCCUGAGACUUUCGCUGCCUGGGCUAGCAAGGUUCUGGAGGAGACUCUCACCCACGACGACCUUGCGGCGCUCAAGGCAGCAGCUUGCAACCCCAAGGUCAGGAAGGCAUUCCUCAAGGUUUUAGAUGAUAUUGCCCGAAAGGCCAAGUUCAAUGGCUUCGAGCGCGUCAAAAACCUGCGCCUGGAUGUGGAACCCUUUUCUAUCGAUAACGGCCUUCUGACACCAACAUUGAAGCUUAAGCGUCCCCAGGCCGCAAAGGCUUUCGAGAAGGAUAUUAACGAGAUGUACGAGGAAAUUGCCGCUACUGUUGAGCCCAUCAAGAGUAAGCUGUAA